AUGCAUCAGGGAUUGACAGCCAACGGGAGUCCAGGAGAGGAGCUGCUCACGCAGUUUCUGAGGGUGACCAAGGCAUACCCUGCUGAUGUUGUGGUCACCCUCCUGCGCUGUGCCUCAUCCUGUGACAGAGCUGCUGCCAGCAUGUGGAGGACCAUCGCCUCAUCAGAAAUGGCACUGGAGAAGGUGCUGCCAGAGUUGCUCUAUGUGAUUGAGGACUGGCCAGUGCACAGCACGUGCACCUCUGACGAGGACAACACGCCUGUCUUUGCUCUGGCUGCAACCAGGGGGAUCUGGGAGAUCCUCCAGAUGAUCCGGUGCCCAGGGCCAUUGGUGGAGUACUUCCCCUGUCUCCUCGUGGCUCUGCUCUUCCAAGUUCUUGCCAGCACAGAGCAGAUGCCAGAGGAGGUUGACACCUUUUGGAGGGGAUGCCAGGAGCAACAGAACCUUCCCACCAACCCCAGCAGGUUUGCAGUGGUGACCAUAAAGGCCCUGCUUUGCCAUCUUGAGUGUGAGGCUGUGGUGGUUUCAAUGGAGCGCAAGUGUGGCUGGGACACGCUCCUCAGGCCUGACACCCACCACUACGCAGUGGGUCUGCUGGCCAGGGAGAUCCGCCGUGUCUCCAGCCCCUUGUGUUCCCGGAUCACACUCCACCUUCUGGAGCUGCAGGGCAGGGAGGAGCCCCACUUGGAACUCCCCACUGUGGCAUUCCUUGUGGAGGUCCUGGACUGGGUGGACGUGAGUGAAUGGGGAGACAGCCUUGUGCAGAUGCUUUCAAGGCACCUCCUGAGUGCGUGCCCAGAGAGGCGUCGCCUGGCACUCAGAGCUCUUGUGGUGCUGAGCAAGGAUCCUGCGAUGGCUGACGGUGUGUGGACCCUGACAGAAAGCCUCACGAGCCUACUGUGGGAUGCAGAUGAAGAGCUGGUCGUGAUGGCUCUCUGUGUAUUCCUCAAUGAAGUUCGGGGCAGACACACCCCAAUCUCCACCCUCACUGCCCAGGAGCUGGUUGAGGCACUCCCGACACUCUUUGGCUACGAGAACAUCCGUGUGCAACUGCUCUCCGUUCGCCUCUUCCGAAAGGUGUUGAAGUUGGUAGAGGAGGAGGGAAAAAAAGAGCUGGAGACACACCUGAUCCCGAGCCUGAUGCCACUCUUCUUCCUCACAAAUGAUGAGAACGAGGAUCUGGCAGACGCCUCUUGGGAAGCGGCAAUUUGUGCCUUCAGGUUCCUGAGGAGAAAGGAUCUCACGAACCUGCUGAAGGCGGACAAGCCCGGGUGGUUCUGCGACUGCCUGGUGGAAAGUGAGAAGAAAAGAGUGGUGGAGUUCAUGUGCCAGAUCCUACCAUACGUGGAGAGCCCACAGGAGCGCCUGAAAGAGAUGGCUCUCAGGUUCAUAGGCUGGCAGUGCCACUGGGGGGGAGCUGUGACACCACUGGGGCCCUGA